GCCUCCUCCUGCUGCAAUGAAAAACGUCCAGCUCAAAAAAAUAUUUUGGUGUUAAGUCUUCGAAUGUUUUUUGUGCCUAUGAAAACAAGAAGAUGUUCAUUCUCCAACAUCAAGCCAACACGAGAUUUCCACUGUAAACGCAUGCAGUAUGUUCACUUUUUCUCAUUAAAUUAAUAAAAGCUGUAUUGAAGGAUUUCUUUUUGUAAUGAAUUCAGCAACAUCUAAUUUUAAAAGUGCUACAAAGGGAACAGGACAAACAUUGAUGUUUUUGGGUAGCAGUUUCCCAACUUUUUCAUAUCAAAGACUCUGUAAACUGAUGCAGAUUACAUCACAGACCUCCACAUGGUAAGAGUUUGUCUCUGGUCUGAUAAGCAUUUGCUUUUAGAUGUUUCAUUACAGAGAGUGUUUAAAACCCAUAAGUAAAAUGGUCAGAAAUUCUUCCAUUGUAUCACUUGUGGAUAAAAUUAUUAGGAAAAUAAAUUGUUCCUCUUUAGUUGCGGACCCCCUGGAGCCCCCUCAAAGACUCUUCCUGCACCCCACUUUGAAAACCUUAUUGGCUCACCAAUCUGGCAACCUGCAUUGUAGCUGGUGAUGCAAAAGUUGGGGAGGCAGAUUGAUCAUCUUUGUCAACAAACAGUGACAGAUAGCUGCUCUUGAAGUCACCGUUAUUGUAUGGAUUAAGCAAGAAAGAUGAAUCUAAAUAAUUAGAAAGCUGCUUUAGACCUAUUGGACGGUGUACUUUGGUUAGAGCCACGCUUGCUGUUCCCCAUGUGUUCAUGCUAUGCUACCUGGCGACACCAGCUCCAUAACACACAGACAAGACUGGUAUCAAUAUUCUCAUCGAGUUCUCGAAAAGACAACAGAGGUUUUCCCCAAAAUGUUCAACUACUCCUUUUAAACAGUGAGAAAAAUGUUCUUUAUCUAUUUCUGAAGGCAGGGUGAAAUCUGAGGAGAAAAUGUGGAACAGAAGGAUGACGAAAAUCAAGAGUUUCUGCGCAGCUUCUCCUCUCCUGUUUGCUGCUCUGCAUCAGUUCACUAUCAGGAUGAAAGCUCCUUCAAACACUUGGAAGAAGUGGAAGUGGUGUUGUAGGGACAGCUGGUGUGGCUAAGAAAAGGGGAUUUGUGUCCGUGCCCCAGGCGUGUGUAGUGGACAGCUUGCGGCUGGAUUGAUAGAGUGACGUCAGCCCGCCGCUACCUCUCCCCGAGGGCAGGAUUAGUCGGGAGCUGCAGGGACAGCGCUCCGGUAAUCUCCCGGCAAUAAAUGGGGGGGAAACGGGCACGUUCGGAUCUGCCGGUACCGAGUGACACCGGAGGCCCCCCGUGAGAAGCCCUGAGAACCUCCCCCUCCUGCAUUUGAAGUAUGACGGGCCGCUUCGUGACGCUGCAGCAAACCGAGCGGGCAGGUAAACGCAGCAGCAGCCUCACCUGCGAAGCCACAGCGGAGGACAGCGGAGCUCCUCAGCGGACACUUUGCUGACUGACAGACCGAGAUCUCAGUGCACUUUUACCAUGGAGGAGAGCCGGGCAGAGUAACUUACAGCGGUCUACAGUAUCCACAGGCAGACCGUCAGAGAGAGCGCGAUCUUCACAAUGAUCCGUUAAAUUCCUGCCGCCGAUGCUUUCUUUGGAGAGUGGAUUGACCAUCUCCUAACAGCAGAGGAGACGACCAGAGAGGCCUUCACUCGUGUAUUUCGGUCUUCAGAUGGACCUAGUGCCCUCGGCACUGGCCGCUAAGAUGCGCUGGAUCACGCUGGUGCUUGCCGGCUUGACUUUCUGGGGCAAAGUGACUAUUUGUAACUGUUUCGACUACGAGGAGGCAGACUAUGAUUAUUAUGAAGAGGAGAGAACGGAGACCAUUGACUAUAAAGACCCGUGCAAAGCUGCUGUAUUCUGGGGCGACAUCGCUUUAGACGAGGAGGACCUGCGCAUGUUUCAGAUCGACAGGACGAUAGACCUCACGCAGCACACACACAUGCACACACACUCCCGGCAGGGGCACACGUCUGGUGGCGUGGAGGAACAUGAAAUUUCUAAGAAGAGAGGAUCUUUAUAUCUCCUGCUGGAGAGAAUACGUAGGUUUGGUUUCGACUAUCUCCCCAAGAACUCCAGCAAAGGAGCUGCCCUUCCCAAGAGCCAAAGUGGGAAAGGUGGGAAGACCGGGAACGUGGCGAAGAGCCGUAUCCCCCGAGCGGCCACAUCCCGAGCUGAGAGGAUAUGGCCUGGAGGAGUCAUUCCCUACGUCAUAGGAGGAAACUUCACUGGUAGUCAGAGGGCCAUGUUUAAGCAAGCCAUGCGUCACUGGGAGAAACAGACAUGUGUAACGUUCAUUGAGAAGACAGAUGAGGAGAGCUACAUAGUGUUCACCUACAGACCCUGCGGGUGUUGUUCCUAUGUGGGUCGUCGUGGCAACGGGCCCCAGGCUAUCUCCAUAGGCAAGAACUGUGACAAGUUUGGCAUCGUGGUGCACGAACUGGGUCAUGUCAUUGGCUUCUGGCAUGAGCACACGCGGCCCGACCGUGACGAUCAUGUGACCAUCAUCCGGGAUAACAUCCAACCAGGCCAGGAGUAUAACUUCCUCAAGAUGGAGCCGGGGGAGGUGAACUCUCUCGGGGAGCCAUAUGAUUUCGAUAGCAUCAUGCACUACGCCAGGAACACCUUCUCACGGGGGAUGUUCCUCGACACCAUCCUGCCAUCCAGAGAUGAAAAUGGGGUCCGGCCUGCCAUUGGCCAGCGGACCAGGCUCAGUAAAGGAGACAUUGCACAGGCAAGGAAGCUGUAUAGAUGUCCAGCAUGUGGAGAGACGCUCCAAGAGUCAACUGGCAACUUCUCAUCCCCUGGUUACCCCAACGGAUACCCAUCAUACACACACUGUGUCUGGAGAAUAUCUGUUACACCUGGAGAAAAGAUCGUUCUUAACUUCACCACCAUGGAUCUGUAUAAAAGCAGCCUGUGUUGGUACGACUACAUUGAGGUUCGGGAUGGAUACUGGAGGAAAGCUCCACUGCUCGGCAGGUUUUGCGGGGAUAAGGUUCCUGAUGUCUUGAUCUCCACGGACAGCAGGAUGUGGAUUGAGUUCCGCAGCAGCAGCAACUGGGUGGGAAAAGGCUUCGCUGCCAUUUAUGAAGCGAUCUGUGGAGGGGAAAUUACCAAGGACUCAGGCCAGAUUCAGUCUCCCAAUUACCCCGAUGACUACAGACCCUCCAAGGAGUGUGUGUGGAGGAUCACCGUGUCCGAGGGAUACAACGUCGGGCUCAGCUUCCAGGCUUUCGAGAUCGAGAGGCACGACAGCUGCGCUUACGACUACUUGGAGGUCCGAGACGGCCCUCUGGAGACAAGCCCUCUGAUUGGUCGAUUCUGCGGCUACGACAAACCCGAGGACGUGCGUUCCACGUCACAUACGCUGUGGAUGAAGUUUGUCUCAGACGGGACGGUUAACAAGGCCGGCUUUGCUGCUAACUUUUUCAAAGAGGAGGAUGAGUGUGCCAAGCCAGACAAUGGUGGAUGUGAACAGAGGUGUGUAAACACUCUCGGCAGCUUCAAGUGUGCCUGUGACCCGGGCUAUGAACUAGCUCCCGACAAGAAGAGCUGUGAAGCGGCAUGUGGUGGUCUCCUCUCUAAGUUGAACGGGACCAUCAGCACUCCUGGCUGGCCUAAAGAGUAUCCGCCCAACAAGAACUGCGUGUGGCAGGUGGUCGCUCCCACUCAGUACCGCAUCUCCAUGCAGUUCGAGGCCUUCGAGCUGGAGGGAAACGAGGUGUGUAAGUACGACUACGUGGAGGUGCGCAGCGGCCUCUCGUCCGACUCGAAGCUGCAUGGCAAAUACUGCGGCACCGAGGUCCCUGAAGUUAUCACGUCACAAUACAACAACAUGAGGAUUGAGUUCAAGUCUGACAAUACCGUUUCCAAGAAAGGCUUCAAGGCUCACUUCUUCUCAGACAAAGAUGAGUGCAGCAAGGACAACGGUGGCUGCCAGCACGAGUGCAUCAACACAGUGGGCUCUUACGUUUGUCAGUGUCGCCAUGGCUUUGUACUGCAUGAGAACAAACAUGACUGUAAGGAAGCUGAGUGUGAGCAUAAAAUCCACAGCCCCAGUGGGACGCUGAGCAGCCCCAACUGGCCGGACAAGUAUCCCAGCCGUAAGGAGUGCACCUGGGACAUCACGGCCACGCCUGGACACCGAGUUAAGAUAACCUUCAACGAGUUUGAGAUCGAACAGCACCAGGAAUGUGCUUAUGACCACCUGGAGGCCUUCGACGGGGACAGUGACACGGCUUCCAUUUUGGGUCGACUGUGUGGCAGUAAGAUCCCAGAGCAGCUUGUCUCCACCGGCAACAAGAUGUACCUCCGCUUCAUCUCUGACGCCUCAGUGCAAAGAAAGGGCUUCCAAGCCACACACUCUACAGAGUGUGGAGGUCGUCUGAAGGCGGAAGCUCGUCAGAAGAACCUCUACUCUCACUCCCAGUUUGGAGACAAUAAUUACCCGGGUCACACCGACUGCGAGUGGCUGCUGACAGCCGAGCAGGGCUACGGCAUCGAGCUGGGCUUCAUCACCUUUGAGGUAGAAGAAGAGGCUGACUGUGGCUAUGACUACAUCGAGCUGUACAACGGCUACGACGCCAACUCGCAUCGACUCGGCCGCUUCUGUGGUUCAGGGCCCAGGGAGGGGAUCUACUCGCCCGGAAGCGCUAUGCUCAUCCGCUUCCAUAGCGACGACACAAUCAGCAAGAAGGGCUUCCACAUCCGCUACACGAGCACCAAGUUCCAGGAGAGCCUUCACACCAGGAAAUGACCUCACAAGCACCCUGUGACCUCUGACCUCCGUGCAGUCCCGCCACUAUUACCCCGACCUUCACCAUGGUAAAGAGAAGACAAACACAGCUCGCCCCCCCCCCUUCUUCUCAAACCCACAGGCAGACAUGGACGUUCGCCAGCCCCAGGAGGAAGACCAACCCCCCACCCCCACACUGUGGCUCCACACAGGUCAUCGCACUCUGAGAUGAGACAGGAAAAGCACAGAGAUAUCGAAUACGAGCUUCAACAAAUGUCGGGAAACACUCUGAUGAUCGGUUGAGCCUUUGCUAUCUGGGAAAUGGAUUUUAUUAUUGGACAUGAAGCUACCCUCAGCGUGGACAGGAAGUUGCUGAGGAUCCAAAUCGGUUAACCGAGAUACUCAUGACUGCACAAGUGCAAACAGGGUGCAAACACACACAAACACACUAGAUUCGUUUUCAGAAUUAUAAACUAUGGAUGCUUGAGGAACUGAGGAGCUUUUCUUCUUAAAAGAAAAUGCAUCCAGCGAGGGAGUUUUGAGUGUUUUCUGACUCCCCUGAACCGUGUGACUUUCUGUGAUCUGCUCAGACCCACAGUAGCUGAGAGGAAAAAGACGUUUUUAUUACCUUUGAUGCCUGGGAACUGGUCUCUUCCACCCAGCUCAGAACGGCUGCAAAUGAUUUUAUUUCAUGUGUUAUUGUAAAAACCCACUGUGUUUUCUGUGUGUGUGUGUGUGUCUGUGUGUACAGAGAAAAAGAUGAAAAACAAAAGGCUGAAGUCCGUCAUUUGUCCUUUUGCUUAAAGCUUAUGCAGACGACCAUUUUGGGGAAAAAAAAUCUGAAAAAAUGCAAAUGGAGAAUUUCCAAAUGAGCUGUGAUGUUAAAGUUAAGCCUUGCUUUAUGUUGUGUGCAUGUGUGUGUGUGUGUGUGUGUGUCUGUCUGUCCAUGCCGUUUUUGAGUUUUGCACCAUCUUUUAACAAACCAAGGAACUUUCAUGGAUUUUUCCAAUUUCCACCUCGCACUCCUCAAAAGAGAUUUUUUUUCUCUUUCCAGUGGAUAUCGGAAGGGAAUAUUUUCACAGCUGUCUCUUGGAGUGACACGAUUCAGAUUGAAAGAACGAUUCCCAUGGUGCUAAAAAUAAAAAUACACUGAAUGACAAAUGACUGCGGAUGGAAGUAAAGGUUUUCAGUAGGGGACACAGUCAGCGUGCAAACAGCACACUGCAUCAACAGCACUAGUCCUGUGGAACUACAAUAUUGCCUUAGAACCAAAACGUUUGCUAUCGGAGGUCGCUCCUAUGCUCUUGCACAGGUGUCUUGUGUCAGCGGAGUGUUUUUCAAGGCUUUUUUGGCAGCGUAUUUCAUUUGCUUGGAGAUCUUGAAUGGUUUUACUGUUAAAACAGAACAUGGGAAAUGUAGUCUGUGUGUGAGCUAGGCUGUCAGUGAUGCAUGUGUGUUCGGGUGUCAUUUUUGUAGCUGCUCUCAGAGACGCGUACACACACGCUUACACGUCCACAGAUGCACAAAAACACACCUCGUUUGUGUGUGCAUUUUCCCCAAACACACACUUAACCCUUCUGUAUAUGUGAAGCGUGGAAGAGCAAAGUGCUGUAGAAGUUGAACGAAUAUCAAGGCGCACACGGGCUGCAUCACUUUCGUGUUGAAUGCAAACGUGUAAGCGCGUGUCAUAGGAGAUUAUAGAGAAAUAAUGUGUAUGUGUGUAAAUUGUGCGUUUUUGAGUUCAGUCAUUCAAUGCUGUACGUGCCAAGCUCCAGGUGACCCUGAUCCACUCGUAGUUUUUGUUUUAACCCACCUCUGUAGUCCAGAGACACUGACAGGACGUCCUCUGCAUCGGUCAUUAAAAUACACACGUGUAAAAACUA